GUCCCCGCAGCCCUCGCUUCCCGGGGCUCGACCGGGGGUCCGGAGGGAGGAAGUCAGCCCCGGCCGUACCGCUGGCGCGGAAGCGGCUGCCCCCCUCCUCUUCCUCCCCCACCGGCGAUGGCUCCAUGCCGCCGCGCUCCCGGAAGCCCCGGCAGCAGCAGCGCGACCGGCCCCCUCACAGCCGCCGCUCCAGCUCCGCUCCGCCCCGUCGCGCCGGCGCAGGGGCCGGCCGCGGCCGGGGGCGGCGUGGCCGCGGCGGGGGCGGGCCUGCUCCCGUUCCCGCUCCCCGUCCCGGCGGCGGCGGCGGCAUGGAAGCGGCGAGUCGGCGGGCGCUGCGGGCCGGGCUGGCGCUGGGCGCGCUGGCGCUGGUGCUGCAGGGGCUGCGGGGAUGGCUGGCCUCCAAGCGGUACGAGUUCAGCCCCGCCGAGAUCGCCCAGCUCGCCCGGCACCACGCGGGGCUGGACCAUGAGCUGGCUUUCUCCAAGAUCAUCGUGGAGCUACGGAAGAAGCACCCUGGCCACAUCCUGCCAGAUGAGGACCUGCAGUGGGUGUUCGUGAAUGCAGGCGGGUGGAUGGGUUCGAUGUGCCUCCUGCACGCCUCGCUCACCGAGUACGUGCUGCUCUUUGGGACAGCUGUUGACACUGGGGGACACUCGGGUCGGUACUGGGCGGAUAUCUCCGACACCGUCAUCUCGGGAACCUUCCGGCAGUGGAAAGAGGGGACCACCAGAAGUGAGAUCUACUAUCCUGGGGACACCAUCGUGCACCAGGCGGGAGAGGCCACAUCAGUGCAGUGGAGCGCAGGCACCUGGAUGGUGGAGUACGGCCGGGGCUUCAUCCCCUCCACGCUCGCCUUCGCCCUGGCUGACACCCUCUUCAGCACUCAGGACUUCAUCACCCUCUUCUACACCUUGCGCAUCUAUGCCAAGGGCCUGCUUCUGGAAGCCAAUGCCUUCUUCAGCACCUUGGGCUGCUGAGCCUGGCUCGAUGGGGCACCCUCCCAGGCAUGGCUGGCUCCUCUCCUCCCAGCCUUCCUCCCUUUUUUUCCUCCUCCUCCUCCCUGAGCCCAGGCUCUAGCAGAUGCAUCAGGAGACUCCCAAAGUCUCCCCCAAAUUGCUCUGUCCUUCCCCAUAGGCAGCUGGGUGCCAGGGCAGAGGCACCACGGCAGUCACACCAAUACAGACUGCCAGUUGUCUUUACUACCUGCCUCUCCCCCCUUUUGAUCGGAGCCAUGUCCUGCUUUUCCAUCCAUCGGGGCUGGAGUGGCCUUGCAGGUUACGAAGACCCCUGUGUGCCCUCAGCAUGCAGCUGCAGAGGGGCUGGAGCUGGCUGUCUCCAGGCUCUGCAAAAUUUCUGCAGCUCCUGAGACAUCAGGAGGAGGAUGCCACCCUCAGGCAGGGUGCAUGGGGUGAGCUGGGCCAGAGCACCCUCUGUAAAGGUCGGCCAAGAGGUUCCCCAUCUCCCUGGCAAGCUGCCGGGGCUGUAGGAAGCGCAGGGUGCUGUGUCCAGCUGGCAGCAUCUCCUGUGGCUCUGUCCCUGCUGCUGUGGGUUGGCAGUACACAAUGUCACCCUGGCACAGGACAGGAUCUGUGCUGGGACAUCCUGGUCAGUAAGGUGAUGCCCAGCUUCCAUGCUGAAGGUCCCUCUUGGUCCCCUGUGUGUCAUCUGCCCCAAGGUAUGGCUGCGGCUGGAAGAGGAUCCCUUUCCCGUGGUCCCUCUCCCUGCAGUCCCCCCCAAUGGGGAGAGCCACCGUCUGUCGCCUUAACCGGGAGCCCAUUCUGUGUGGCCUCUGGGCUAUGCACAUACCCAGUGUCUGCAGGUGCCUGAACUUCUGUACUAGCUCAGGAUGGGAUCUCGCCCCUCAAAACACCUCCCCUGGCUGUGAGACCCCCUGGGAACAGCCGCCCUGCUCGGCUCCUGGUGUCAGGUACCAGCCGCCAAGGGAGUGCUGCGGUCCCCAGCACUAAGCCCAGCUGUGGACCCUGCUUGCAGCCCUGCGGCCGGACCUGUGCGGGCUUACUGCUUGGUGGAGGGCUUUCACCUCCACACCGCUGCCAAGCUAAUGUGUGUGUCCGCAGUCACCAGGCCUGUAGCAUGUCGCUCUUCCUGCUCCCUGGACUGUCUCUGUCUGCUGACUGGCAGCCCUGCACAUGGGCUACUUCUUAAUUUGCCACCUGAAAAGAGGUAUCAGUAAUAAAAUUGUUUAACCCACCA